AGUAAGAAAAUUUCAAAGGAAGAAGAUGAAGAAAAUUGUUCACCAGAAGAGAAGGUUGAGGAUAAAGCUGCAAAAGACGAAAGUGCUGUAGAAAAUGGAACAGCUACAAAUGGUCUUAAUGGAAAUCAGAAUGGCAAGGAGGAAAGUGACCCUGAACCUGAACUCACACAGGAACAGAAAGACGGAGCCUUCUCAAAUUUCAGAAUUUCACCUGGGACUGUAACAAAAUUAAAAGCAAAAGGAAUCAAUUAUCUAUUUCCGAUCCAGUCUCAGACCUUUAACUACGUGUAUGAUGGAGAAGACGUUAUUGCACAAGCCAGAACGGGAACAGGAAAGACACUGUCCUUUGCACUUCCACUAGUGGAGCGCCUACAGGAGAACCAUGUGAAUAAAAGAGGUAGACCACCAAAAGUUCUGGUGAUGGCACCAACCAGGGAACUAGCCAAACAGGUGUGUAACGACUUUGAAUCCGUCAGCGACAAAAUCUCCACUUUCUGCAUCUAUGGUGGUACUCCUUAUUAUCCUCAAG